UUGAGUCUCAUUUGAGCAGAUUUUCUGUGGAUAGAAGGCUGUCUGUCUGACAGAAGCGUUGUCCUUUAUUGUUUUCUCUUUAACUCGGCUUUGCUCAGGUCUCCGGCACCAUGGACAGCACCUUGGACAAUCUGGAUGCUGCAGGUUUCUUACAGAUCUGGCAACAUUUUGACAUCGAUGAUAACGGCUACAUCGAAGGAAAGGAACUGGACGCCUUCUUUCAGCACAUGCUGCAAAAACUUGGCUUGAAGGAGGAGGAGAUAACUGAGGACAAAAUCAGACAGCUGAAAGAAAGAUUUAUGUCGGCUUAUGACACUGUAGCUGACGGGCGUCUGCAGAUUCAAGAGUUGGCCACCAUGAUGCUGCCUGAAGACGAGAAUUUCCUGCUUCUGUUCCGCCGUGAAACGCCGCUGGACAACAGUGUGGAGUUUAUGAGGAUCUGGAGGAACUACGACACAGACAACAGCGGUUACAUCUCAGCCAUCGAGCUUAAGCAGGGCUUCCUUCAGGACCUAUUCCUCCAACACAGGAAGUCAGUCACCGCUGAGAAGCUGGAGGAGUACACAGAUACCAUGAUGAAGAUGUUUGACAAAAACAGAGACGGCAGACUGGACCUGAACGACCUAGCCAGAAUCUUGUCCCUGAAAGAAAACUUCUUACUAAAGUUUAAGAUGGAUGCCUGCAGUCAGGAGGACAGAAAGAGGGACUUUGAGAAGAUUUUUGCUCACUAUGAUGUUAGUAAGACUGGUGCAUUGGAGGGUCCCGAGGUGGACGGAUUUGUCAAGGAUAUGAUGGAGCUGGUGAAGCCCAGCAUCAGUGGAACAGACCUGGACAAGUUCAGAAAAGCGCUGAUGGGUCACUGCGACAUCAACGGAGACGGGAAGAUCCAGAAGAAUGAGCUGGCUCUGUGCCUUGGCCUCAAACCCAGCUAACAAACUCCCACAAUAUUCACUCGACUGGCUUCCUUUUCUUUCUUGUCAUGCCUCUUCUCAUUUAUGUUCUAUCUUCUUUCAGUCAUAAUGCUUAUUUUAGCUUUUCUCAUUUCUUCUGUUGAAAUUUAUUUAAUUAUUUACUUCUUCCUCUUUCCUCUAUUUAUUUCUCAUAACAUUCCAGGAUGUUUUAAUAAUUGUAUAUAAUAUUCUGUGAGAGCUGAAUAGCAUCAGGGAACAUAAAGUGCAUGAAAUGUGUCACUGUGAUUUCAGUGCAGCUGUGAGGAAUGAGAUGGAAAAAAUAUCUGCUACGAUGAUGACAGUGCUAGUGUUUUUUCAUGACUUCAUUGAAUGCUGCUUCUUUGUAAUGUGCUGAUGUACAAUCUAACAGUGUUUGCAUUGCAUUAUAAUUAAAGUUUAAGCUCUG